AUGAUGAAGUUUCGAAGGUGGGAACUGAUUACUGUGAUAAUAGCUGUCCUCUGUUUAAUCAUAUCGAUCAUAACAUGGAGUGUAUUUCCUGUUAUUUACCCUAAGGCAGUGGUUAAAAACCUUCAAUUCUCACAGAACGAAGACAUGAGUCUCAGUUAUUCUGCUUUUAUGAUGGCCAAUCCACCAAUGAAAAAUGUGAUGCGCUUUUUCUUCUUCAAUGUGUCGAAUCCGGAUGAAAUCGUCUACGAAGGAGCCAAACCACGCCUAAUCGAAACUCAGUCCUAUGCAGUCAUGGAAUCAGAGCAGAAACGAUUCUUGAGAUGGAGUGAGGACGGCAACAAGGUGUUCUAUCAGAACUACAAAAAAUACAUCAUCAGCGAGGAAUACACGUGCCCAGAUUGCUCCUGGGAUGAUAUGGUCGUAAUUCCGAAUCCAGUCGGGAUUGGAGCAGCGGCUAAUAUAUAUGAUCCACAGUACCACAUCACUCCUAUAGCUCAGAAGAUACUCGGUUUUGGUCUACUACUGGUCGGAGAAUAUCCUUUUAUAUCGCAUACUAUCAAAGAGAUUUUGUUCGAUGGUUACAACGACGCGCUCCUAACUAUUGGACAUUCUCAGCUGGUCACAUUCCUGAGCGGAAUUCUAAAUGGAGGGAAGAGUAUUAUUCCAAUACCAAUUCCUGAUAUGCCACGUCUCGGAUUUUUUCAAGGGUACAACAACAGUCGCGAUGAAGAGUACUGGAUACGUACAGGAAAGGAUGACAUCGAUAAAAUAGGUGAAAUCGUCACCUGGGCUAAUCAGACAUAUCUGCCAGAAUCGUGGUGGCCCACGGCAUAUUCGAGAAGUAUACGAGGAUCAGACUCCGGAAGUUUCUGCAAGAUGCACUUGACAAAAGACGAUGAACUGCCCUUUUUCCAAUCCUUCAUGUGCCGAUCCUUCACCAAAACAUUCCUGAAAGAGACUACUAUUCACAGUAUUCCAUCUUAUACCUUUUCGGUGCCUUAUGAAGACUACGACACUACUUCUGACGUUAAUGCCGGAUUUCGAUAUAGGAACAUAGAAAAGGUGAACUACUAUCCAGAUUGGCCGUCUUGCCCAGGCCGAGACCCCAGUCAAUGUGUUGAUCCGCACGAAGUCAACUGUAAUUCCCAGAAGAAUCUCUGCCAUAAUUGCUGCAAUAUGAGCUACGUUGAUGGCACCUAUCUCGUCCCACCUGGAAUAUUCCCACUUGUUUGCUAUCCAGGGCGGCUCCAACCCACUCCAUUUGCUGUAAUGUACUCUCCUCCUCAUUUCCUUUACUCGCCACCACAGAUGAUCAACUCCGUUGUCGGUCUCAACCCCAAGAAUGAAACACACAUGCCUAUGGUUUACAGUCAUGAACCGGUCACAAUGUAUGAACAGAUGCACAUCUACGUGGGGAUAGGCGGACACCAGGGAAAUGAGAGUGCUGAGAUUUCUCCACGAAUGGCUAUGAAAGGAGGAUACUCUGGUGCCGUGACGGAAGUCCUUUAUCGAUUGCAAGUAUCAAUGCCGGUUAUGAAGAGUAAAGGAGUGGUACAAAACCGUGAUAUCGCGGAGUCGAUAAUCCCGAUCUUCUGGGAAGAUUCGCAUGCUGUACUAUUCAAUGUGACGUACAAUAAGAUCUGGCUAGGAUUUGUAUUGGUCCCAAAGCUUGUCGACUACAUUAAGUUCUCUCUAUUAGCAAUCGGAAUUGCCUUGCUGCUGUUCAUUAGCGUAUCUCAUGUAAUCUCAAGAAGGAGAAGACAUCGCAGAAAAGUAGUUCCUUUUGAGGAAGACGUACGGUUCUAG